AUGCGUGAAGUCAACUUCAGCAUCCCCAACGCCAACAAGGCGUCGGUCGGCAUCACCACCGCCCUCUACGACCGCCGCGCCCUCGACUGCACAUCCACCCUGCCGCUCAUCAACUCGCUCAACCACCUCGCAUACCUCACAACCUCGUCGGCGCGGAUACGGGAUAUUCUCACCGUCGAUGGCGGCAUCGAGCGUCUGAUAUGCAUUCUCAAAGAGGGGCGGAGCAAGGACAUGAUGGACAUGUGGAAGUGGAACCUGGCUUUCCAAUGCAUCUUUAACAUUGGUGUGCGAGGUUCCGAGAACGUCAGGACGCGGGUCGUCGAAGCCGAUAUGGUGCCUGUCAUUGCUACCAUCCUCGACAACUACAUCAAAGUCGUCGACAAGUGCAAAGCGAGGGCCGAAGCCGACUUGCAUCGCUCGGCUCGCCUGGGCGCUUCCAGCCGACACCAUUCUUCCCGCUCUGGUGAGAUGGCAUCCGGCUCAGGCCACAGCCACAGCCACAUCCACAGCCACAGAUCGGAGCGAUCCUCGCGGCGAGCCAUCCCGCCUCCUAUCGAGAUACCCCAGGCUUUUGCACAAGCCCAGGCACAGGCACAGGCAGAAUCACAACUGGGAGAUGCCACGCAGACCCCUGCCUUCUCCUUGAGCUCCCCUCCGGAGCGAACCACCUUCAACCGUGGCCGACCUCCCCACCACCAUCACCACCGCAGCCACGAAGGUCGAGCACAGCUUUUCGGAGCUGCGCCCACCACAACUCGUGGUCUCGGGCAGCCACUCGUCACCGCGCUGCCUUCGAUGGAUCGCAAGCCACCGACCCCUUCGCGCUGCGGCCCGCCUUCGAUUCGGCAGCAGCUGUCUGUAUCUGGCGAGUCCGACCUCGAAGCCCAACAAGAUGAAAUUGUGGCAGACAACGCCGCCGUCGCAGGUCCUGUGAAUGAGCCCAUUGUCGGCAUACAGAAUAACGAGAUCAACAUGUCAGACAUUGUCGACAACGCUGAGAUGCUGGAUGCCGGUACCACGCCGGUGCCCAUUGCAGCACCCUCUGAAGGGACAGACGAGAACAACGAGACGUUCAACAUCACACACCGUCCCGCACUUGAUGGUAGUCUUAUCAACCCCACCACAACUCCUCCCACGAACCCCAUCACUGGCUUCUCACCCAUGCAACCCGCCAUCAACGUCGUCAACACAAACCCACCGCCCGCCUGGUACCCUCGCGCAGCAGACCGCAACGUAGCAGCAGGGUACUCGGCCGCCAUGCCCCGCGAUGAGGAUGUUCUCAUGUCCCUGCAACUGCUAGCCUACGUCUCGAAAUACUGCAACCUCCGGUCCUACUUCCAGAAGUCGCAUCUGGUGCCCAAGUUGAAGAUUGGCAGCGACUUGCAGUUCACCGAGGGAGACGUUGCGGCUGCUGAAGCACAGAAAGAGGAUGAGGAAGAACUUGAAGAAUACGAACUUCCAGACGACUUCAACAUCUUCCCCUUGGUCGAGCAGUUUACGUACUGGGCAAGCGUCGUUAUGCGCAACCUUUGCCGGAAAGACGACUCGCGGGGAGGCAUUCGGCAAUGCGCCUACUACCAAUGCGGUCGUUGGGAAGAGUUCACGCGCCAGUUUGCUAAGUGCCGCCGCUGCCGACGGACCAAGUACUGCAGCAAAGAGUGCCAAAAGAGCGCCUGGGUUUUCCAUCGCCAUUGGUGCGUGGCUGCCACAUCGUGA